GUACAUUGUGCGCGGGGCCGCGCCGGGCCCGCUCCGCGCUCCAGCCCCGCAUUCUCGCAUUCCCGAUCUCCGCGUCCCUGCCUCCCGGCGCUGGGGGCUUCCCGCCUCACGGAGAUUCCUGCUCGGCCAAGCCACGGCAAGAGCUGUGCCACCAUGUCGGUCAGCGUGCACGAGAACCGUAAAUCCCGCACCAGCACCGGCUCCAUGAACAUCCUGCUUUUCCACAAGGCCUCCCACCCGGACUGCGUCCUGUCCCACCUGAACACCCUGCGCAAGCACUGCAUGUUCACUGAUGUCACCCUCUGGGCAGGGAACAGGUCCUUCCCCUGCCAUCGGGCAGUGCUGGCUGCCUCCAGCAGGUACUUCGAGGCCAUGUUCAGCAACGGCCUCCGGGAGAGCCUGGAUGACGAGGUGAACUUCCAUGACAGCCUCCACCCGGAGGUGCUGGAGCUGCUGCUGGACUUUGCUUACUCCUCUCGGAUCAUUAUCAACGAGGAGAAUGCUGAGUCUCUCCUGGAGGCUGGGGACAUGCUGCAGUUCCACGACGUCCGAGAUGCAGCGGCUGAGUUCCUGGAGAAGAACCUCUACCCUUCCAACUGCCUGGGCAUGAUGCUGCUCUCGGAUGCUCAUCAGUGCCGGCGGCUCUAUGAGCUCUCCUGGAGGAUGUGCCUGGUCAACUUUGAGACUGUCCACAAGAGUGAGGACUUCAACAACCUUUCCAAGGACACUUUGCUCGACCUCAUCUCCAGUGAUGAGCUGGAAAUCGAGGAUGAAGAAAAGGUCUUUAAGGCUGUCAUGCAGUGGGUGAAAUAUGACCUGGAUGAGCGGAAGGCUUAUCUCCCAGAACUUCUGAGGAAUGUUCGUCUGGCUUUGCUUCCUUCAGAAUGUCUCAAGGAAGCCUUGGCUUGCGAGGACUUGAUCAUGGUGGAUGAAAGGAACAAGCUUGUCCUGGAUGAGGCUAUUCAGUGCAAGAAGAAGAUCCUUCAGAAUGAUGGGGUGGUCACCAGCCUCUGUGCCAGGCCUCGCAAAGCUGGGCACACCUUGCUGAUCCUGGGAGGACAAACCUUCAUGUGUGAUAAGAUCUACCAAGUGGAUCACAAAGCCAAGGAAAUUAUUCCCAAAGCAGACCUGCCGAGUCCACGGAAGGAGUUUAGUGCCUGUGCUAUCGGCUGCAAAGUGUACAUCACUGGAGGCAGGGGCUCAGAGAACGGGGUCUCCAAAGAUGUUUGGGUUUAUGACACCGUGCAUGAGGAAUGGUCCAAAGCUGCCCCAAUGUUAAUCGCUCGGUUUGGGCAUGGCUCAGCCGAAUUGGAAAACUGCCUCUAUGUGGUUGGUGGACACACUGCAGUAGCUGGAGUCUUCCCUGCAUCUCCUUCCGUUUCCUUGAAGCAAGUAGAGAAGUACGACCCCAUAUCCAACAAGUGGAUGAUGGUGGCUCCGCUGAGGGACGGAGUGAGCAACGCCGCGGUGGUGAGUAGCGCCAGGCUGAAGCUCUUUGUCUUCGGUGGCACCAGCAUCCACCGAGACAUGGUGUCCAAAGUGCAGUGCUACGAUCCAGCUGAGAAUCGAUGGACCAUCAAAGCCGAGUGCCCACAGCCCUGGCGCUACACGGCGGCCGCUGUCCUGGGCAGCCAGAUUUUCAUCAUGGGAGGGGACACGGAGUUCACGGCAGCCUCUGCCUACCGCUUCGACUGCGAGACCGACCAGUGGACGCGCAUCGGGGACAUGACAGCCAAGCGCAUGUCCUGCCACGCCCUGGCCUCGGGCAACAAACUCUAUGUGGUAGGAGGCUACUUUGGCACCCAGAGGUGCAAAACGCUGGACUGCUAUGACCCCAUGUCAGACACGUGGAACUGUAUCACCACGGUGCCUUACUCGCUCAUCCCCACAGCUUUUGUCAGCACCUGGAAGCACUUGCCCUCGUGAUGAGGGGCAGGGCCUGGGGGCUUGUUUCCAGGAGGUCAAUGAAGAUGCCAGAGUCACAUCCAUGUCCCCUCUCUUGUGGCUGGAGCCAGCACAGUGACCAAGAGCCUCCUGUCCUCCCGUACGGGACUCCGAGGCAACUUCCACAUCCCUUCCUGGACCAGGAUGGGAAGCACAGCUCCUGCCUGCAUCACACCUGGGGGUCACCAAGGGCCACCCAGCCCCACCACUGCUCGCUGGUCGCUGUGCAGGGAUGGAGCCCAGAGCACUGCCUUGCCAGGCUGGGCACAGGAAUGGCUUGUGGGGCUCCCAUGGACCAAUAGGGCUGGGGAGAUGGAGGCUGCAUCCCUCAGCAAACAUGGCUGGGUAGCCCUUUUUGUUACUCAGUUGGGGGUCUUAAGUGAUAUUAAUAUGUUUUUCUCUAAGGCAGUGAACUUGCCAUUGGCAGUGCUUGCUGCUCAGGUGACUUGGAAGUGUUUGUGAAAGGGAAUAAGGUGAGAGCAUUUGGCUCUCCCCAUCCUCUGGCCAUUUCAUAGAGGCAAUGGCUAUUGAAAUAUUAAAAGAUAGGAGCUUGGGAUGGCUGCCAGCAGCACCAUGUCCUGUGACGAAACAGGGCAGAUGCCUUUUGGUUUGUACUUUGGGCCUUUUAAAUUUUUCACCCCGCCCCCCUUUCCUCGCUGCUGUGAUUUGGUCAGAGGCCGGGUAGCUCCCCACACACAGCUGCUGGGAAGAGCACAGGGCUCUGUUAGUGUGCCAAGGCAGCAGCACCACUGCUGAGAUAUUCCCCAGAUAAAGCCCACUGCAUGCUCAGAGCCGGUCUGCUGAGCUUCCCUGCGCGUGGGUGAGGCUCUCAUUGGCAUAGCAGCAGAAAAAGGAGUGCAGUGGGGAGCACUUGGGAAGGGGCACCUUGGCUCCAGCAAGGAGGGAGAGCAAGAGGAUUAGGGUAGCAGUGCAGGGUGGGCUGGGGAGGGAUCCCCCUCCUUCCUGCUGCACCCCACACCCUGGCUUCCCCUUGGAGAGAUGUGAGCAUUUCUGACGGCGUGCUGCCUGCAUGCAUUGGGCUGAGGCUGCCCCAGGUUAUCCACGCAUGCUGGCUGCCAACUGUGUUUGGGAUUAUGCAUCCAAGAGCUGUCAGCCCGAGCCAUUCCUCAUUUUGCUGUGGAGGAAGGCACGUGGAUUUCAGGCUGUCAGUGCAGAGAUGCAGCUCCUGACCGGCCACUGCCAAGGACUGGUCCUGCUCUGCCCCAGCAUCCUGCUUCCCUGCACAGAUCUCCAGCUUCUCCAGGCUCACCUCUCGCCCCUGGAUGAGGCUGGGCUGCAGCCUGGCCAGCUGAAUGAUGCAAUGCCAUGAAAAGCCUUGACACAGCUUCAAACAGCAGAGGUCUUUUCGGAGCAGCGGGUGCCGUCGCUGCCGGGAAGAACACACGUUCCGCACCGCCAGUCUGCCAUGAGCUGGAUGACGUUUAUUUACAUCUUCUGGGCUUUUUUUUUUUUCCCUUCAGCUGCUUGUGAACUUUAAUAAAAAUGAUGAUCUGGGAAACUGUUUGUAUGUUUUUCACAGGAGUCUUCAUUCAGAAGUUGGAUUUAGGUCUAAUAACAGGGCCGAGGACUAAUGACAGGGUUGGCGCUCUGUGGGGUGGUUCACAAACAGCCUCCAAAGCAACCAGCCCAGCUGUAAUUAUUAUUGCUUCAGUGCUUGGGAAACUGAGGCACAAUGUCAAGUGUCUUGUCCAAGGUUAAUGGUAGAUCUGGGAAUUAAAUCCAGGGCUCCUCAUGUCCUGAGGACAUCAUGUGGCUCUCUGUUCUACAGCUGCUCUCACUCAGCUCGUCCAUGCCAUGGUUUCAGGAGAACUCGCAAGUCUGCAGUGCUAAUAACACCUGCCAAAUAGGUUGAGGGGCCCAGUGCAGACACAGCCAUACUCCUGCAGGGAAAGCCAGUCAUUUCUAAGGAAGACAAGAAGAAUUCAUGCUUCUGUUUUCCUUAUUUGCCUUCUCUUGGCUGCUGCAGCUCCCAAGAAAGGGGCCUUUUGACAGGAGAGAUGCGCUUUCCAGCUGGAGCUCCUUUCCACACUCCUCUUCCAUGUGCAUCUCUCCCCAUCCCAGAGGAGCACACAGAGGCACAGGGAGAUCCAGCCCUGCUCUGGGAACACUCUGGGAGGGUUUUCCCUCCCUACAAGACCGUCAGCUCCAGCUGUGCUCAGGGCUGGGAUUGCUCAGAGCAGUGAAUCGGCACCAGGCAAAUUUGUAUUUGCCUUCUCUUGUAG